AGUGAGACACCGAGGCGCGUUUGGAUCUGUGAUCAGUCAUUAUUGUUCAUCUGGUCUUCCAUUGGUCUAUUCGACCUUAACAACCACUUGCUUUUGGCUCACCGAAGCUUCAAAAUACUCACUGUUUUUUCUGUUUCGAUUAAGUUCCCUGAUUUUCCUUUCCUCACUCUCUCGCUAAACUGAUCAACUAUCUGCAAUGGUGGAAAGCUACCUAGGCGACGAGUUUCAUCUUCCGCCUAAGAAUCCGUCGGAUGAAGCACUGAAGAACUGGCGCAAAGCCUGCUACCUCGUCAAGAACCGUAGCCGAAGAUUCCGGCAUGUCGCAGACCUCCCUAAGCGGUCUAUUCAUCGGGAUAGGAUUUCCAAAAUCAAGGAAAACCUGCGGGUUAGCUUUUACACUGUGAGAGCAGCAUUGCGAUUUAUGGAUGGCGCUCCUCAUUUAGAAAAUCAUCAAACACCAGAUGCAAAAGCCUCCGACAUCCGUAAUAAUCCAGAUAACCUCGCAUCCAUGGUUCAAAACUAUAGCAUCAAAACGUUACGAUCGCUGGGUGGAGUUGAUGGAGUCGCUAAAGCCAUAGACGUAUCUAUAGAUGAAGGCGUCAAAUCCACGGAUUUAUCCAUUAGACAAGACACUUACGGCGUCAACAAAUACACAGAAAAGCCUUCGAAAAGCUUUUUUAUGUUCGUCUGGGAGGCUCUUCAUGAUCUAACUCUCAUCAUCCUUAUAGUCUGUGCAGUUGUUUCCAUAGGUGUAGGCCUCGCCACGGAAGGCUUUCCAGAUGGAAUAUACGAUGGAUUGGGAAUCCUUCUUAGUAUUUUACUAGUAGUUACCGUUACUGCCGUUAGCGACUACAGACAAUCCUUACAAUUCAAGGAUUUAGACAAGGAAAAGAAGAAGAUUUCAUGUCACGUAACCAGAGAUGGAUACCGGAAAAAGGUGUCGAUUUACGAUUUGGUUGUCGGAGACGUCGUCCAUUUAUCAAUCGGCGAUCAAGUUCCGGCCGAUGGAAUAUUCAUAUCUGGAUACAGUUUGUUGAUCGACGAAUCUAGUUUGACCGGAGAGAGCCGUGCAGUCAACGUAGACGAGACUAAACCGUUUCUUCUCGGUGGGACCAAAGUCCAAGACGGCUCAGCCAAGAUGCUUAUAGCCGCCGUCGGGAUGAGAACCGAAUGGGGAAAAUUAAUGGAAACUUUAAGCGAAGAGGGAGAAACCGAAACCCCACUUCAAGUCAAAUUAAACGGCGUCGCUACAAUCAUCGGUAAAAUCGGUUUGAUCUUCGCAGUGUUGACUUUUCUUGUCUUGACUAUCCGGUUCUUAAUAGAAAAAGCAUUGCGACAAGAGUUUUCAAGCUGGAAUUCGAGUGACGCAUUAACUAUGUUAGACUAUUUUGCCACUGCAGUAACCAUUAUCGUUGUUGCUGUCCCGGAAGGACUGCCAUUAGCCGUGACUUUAAGUCUCGCGUUUGCUAUGAAAAAAUUGAUGAACGACAAGGCACUCGUGAGACAUCUAUCUGCAUGUGAAACAAUGGGUUCUUCCACUAACAUAUGCACCGAUAAAACCGGGACAUUAACCACGAAUCAUAUGGUCGUCGACAAAAUAUACGUAUCCGGUAAGACAAAAGACGUAAACGACCCUCCGGAACUCCCUGAAAACGUGUUGACCAUUCUGUUACAGUGUAUAUUCGAAUGUACAUGUUCCGAAGUGGUCAAGGGUACCGAUGGAAAAACUUCAAUUCUAGGCACUCCUACCGAAUCCGCGAUAUUGGAAUAUGGAUUACAUUUAGGUGGUGAUUUUGGGACAGUUCGUAGCGAGAUUAAGCUACUAAAAAUGGAGCCGUUUAAUUCUUCCAAAAAGAGAAUGUCGGUCAUUACGAAACUGCCUGGCGGGCAGAUACGCGCCUUUAUCAAAGGCGCGUCUGAAAUAGUAUUAGGAAUGUGUGACAAGUUAUUGGAUGGAAGUGGAGAAAGUGUUGUAAUGUCGGAAGAGAAAGUGAGAUUUAUUACGAGUGUUAUAAAUGGAUUUGCCAGUAAUGCUUUGAGGACUCUUUGUUUGGCUUAUGUUGAUGUGGAAGGGGAAGGUGAGUUUGAUAUGAAAAAAGAGUUGCCAAAUUGUGGGUAUACGCUGAUUGCGGUUGUUGGUAUUAAGGAUCCGCUUAGGCCAGGGGUUAAGGAAGCAGUGGAGACUUGUUUAGCAGCUGGGAUUACUGUUCGUAUGGUUACGGGUGAUAAUAUUAACACGGCUCGAGCCAUUGCCAGGGAAUGUGGUAUACUGACUGAUGGUGGGUUAGCCAUUGAAGGGCCAGUGUUUCGAGCUAAAUCAGAUGAAGAAAAGCGUAAACUAGCACCGAGCAUUCAGGUAAUGGCUAGAUCAUCACCAACAGACAAGUUAAAGCUUGUAGAGCAUUUGAGGGGUCUGUCUGAAGUUGUUGCAGUCACGGGUGAUGGGACAAAUGAUGCUCCAGCUUUACAUGAAUCAGAUAUCGGAUUCGCCAUGGGUAUAGCAGGAACAGAGGUUGCAAAAGAACAAGCUGAUGUAAUCGUGUUGGAUGAUGAUUUUGCAACAAUCGUAAAAGUAGCAAAAUGGGGACGUGCAGUUUACAUAAACAUUCAGAAGUUUGUUCAGUUUCAGUUAACUGUCAACAUCGUUGCUCUAAUGAUUAAUUUUGUUUCAGCCUGCAUUACAGGGUCUGCACCCCUUACUGCUGUACAGUUGCUAUGGGUGAACCUGAUCAUGGACACUUUAGGUGCGUUGGCUCUAGCCACCGAACCACCAAAUGAUGGACUCAUGAACAGACCACCUGUUAAACGAACCGAAAGUUUUAUUACAAAGACCAUGUGGCGCAAUAUUAUUGGCCAAAGUGUUUACCAAAUGGCUGUCCUAUUCGUCUUGAAUUUCGCUGGAAAAUCCAUUCUCAAUUUGGACUCAACUGAAAUCCUCAAUACUUUCAUCUUCAACACCUUCGUCUUCUGUCAGGUCUUUAAUGAAGUAAACAGCCGGGACAUUCAUAAGAUAAAUGUGUUUCGUGGCAUGUUGAGCAGUUGGAUUUUCGUUGGUGUCAUGGUGUCUACUGUUGUUUUUCAGGUUAUUAUUGUUGAGUUCCUUGGCACUUUUGCAAGCACUGUGCCACUAGACUGGGAACUCUGGGCACUUAGCAUUGCAAUUGGGUUCUUGAGCAUGCCAAUUGCCAUUGUUUUGAAGUGCAUUCCUGUUGAGAAGUCACCCGUGAAACACCCCAAACACCCUGAUGGUUACGUUAUCAUCCCUGGUGGCCCAGAAGGUGUUUGAUGAAUUGCCAAAAAGAACAUAAACAAACCCAACUUCAGGUUUAUGAAGCAUUUAUAAUUACAAGGGUA